AUGGCACUCUCUAAGCAGGGGAUAAUCUUACCAUCCACUACGUGCUGCCAAUGCAACCUGGUGGAGGAAACCUCUGAUCAUGCAUUGAUACGGUGCUCUUUUGCAAGAAAGGUCAUGACAUGGAUACUCAAAUGGUGUAACAUUACAAUUGUUAACUUCCACACGGUGAACGAGGUUCUAGAUUAUGCAUCCAAUUGGGGAAACUGUCCAAAGAAAAAGAAAAGGCUGCUAGGAAUCUGCUAUGGAACAUUAUGGGGUAUCUGGAAAGCAAGAAAUGAAAGACUGUUCAAUAACCAAUUGAUGUGUGCUUUGAAAGUGGUGAACAUAAUCCAAUCAAUAACUUUCCUUUGGUUCAGGCACAGAGGCGAUGGUGGUGGUUUAAAUUGGACGAAAUGGAAUGUUCUUCCCUUCAAUUCGUUACAAUGGUUCUUUUUGUAUUUGUUUUGA